AUGAGCCUGUCUUUGUCUCGUAUGCUUUUUUCUUUAUUGCUGUUUGCCCUGAUGGUUGCAACAACUCCUUUUGCCGCGGAGGGUUUACUGCUGGCGUCGUCUUCCAUUGAACAGUGCGAUCGUGUGGGAACCGACAACUCGCUGCCGUGUGAGAAAAAGUUGGUGGUGACGUUGUCGGUGGACAGUGAUCAGGCGGAAGAUGUGGAGGAGUUUGUGAUUUUGCGCGAUGCCGUGGACAAAACGAAAGGAACGGGGGAGGAGCACGUGGAAUUUCAACCUAUCCGUUUGACGACGAGCAAAUCACGCGUGCAAUACAGUUACCCUCUCUUUUAUGAAAGGAAUUUCAAUGCCAAGCCCUACGAGGAGGAAAUUACAACGGAACUAGUUGGGUGCGAUGAUACAUUUAGUCCGAAAGCAACAUGCGGGCUGGCCAUGGACACCGCGGGAAGGCCUAUCCCGUACAGUCAAGGUUUUUGUUGUCGAUGUGGUCCCUGUCAGUUGUUGGGGUUAUGUCCCGUGGGUAGCCGCGGUCUUCAGGUAUGCGACAUAUUCAGAGGGGCUGCAUUAGCCUCAUGUCUCCGUUUUGGAGAGCUUUGGUACAGUGGGUACAGCAUGGGUUCGGCUACUAUCUGGUAUCGCUUGUCGGUAAAACUGACGACUGACUCCCAAAAUAACUCCAAGACAAAAGAAGCAGUUUUUGAGCUGGGACCGGAUGUGCUUUCAGGGUCUUCAGCGGAGUUUGGGGCUUGGGUCAGUCUAAUUGGGGACUUUGUGCCGGCGGAAUUACCAUUGGUUCUAAGUAAUAAAAUGCUUUUUAUUCCCUCUUCUCCAAGAAUACACGAGCGUGUUUUGGCGGGCCAAAAGGAGUGGUUAAUUCUGGACAAGCACCAUGUGAGCAUGCAGGGUCGAGAUUGUAACAAGGUUGGGGUAUCUUAUGAAGCCUUUUCGGGUCAGGGGAGCAGGUGCCAAUUAAUUCGAGGGUCGUGUCUGGCCGAUCAGUUGGAGGACUACCGUUCGAGUGAUUUGGCAGUUGAAGCCCGAGGGGGUAGAGGCAAAUACCUGGCUCGCUUUUUUGGAGACUUUGUUGUCAACAACGUCAACAACAGCAGAACAAGACUCUCCUACUGGAUGCGUGGGUCAUUGGCGACGAUGUUAACUGUUGUCAUAUCAGCGGACAGACUGCAAUAUCUGGUUUCUGUUUCCCCAGGUGAAAUUGUCUCUGCGGUGAUGUCGAAGUCGACAGUAGAGGAAAGUUCGAGAGAUGGAUCCGUUUCUGUCAUAGUGCGCAAUAUUGGCCACGUAACUGCGCAAUACACGCUUGGUGUGGGGAACUGUUCGGGAAAUGUUUUCCCCAUUAUGGCCCAGACCCUGAGUUUGAGACCACGAGGGACAGUGAUACGCAGUUUUGAUCUGAAUAUCCAAGAUGUGGCGGAAGAGAGAAUUGUGCAAUGCGACGUAACUUUACGAGACGCGAAAGGUGCUAUCACGGACAAGAAGAUUUUGAAGUUUCGAGUAACAAGUAAAGUAUUAACGAAUGAUACACAGGGCGGCAAUGCACCAACUGGAGGUGGUGCCAGCGUGGAUGGUCAAGCCCCUCCAGCUUGCUCGCGUUGUGAGUGGUACAAGAUUUCCUGUUUCCUGAUUCAUGGCUGUUGGUGGCAGCCACUGGUGUAUGUUUUGAUUGCCAUUGCUAUACUGCUGGGUAUAUAUUAUUUUUUCGGACUCUCUUCGCGCAGUAGUGAACCCAAAUUACACGUGGUUCACUGA